CGUCGGUUGUGUCUCCACUUGGGUCUUCAUUCUGUUCGUCCUUCACCUGAUCGCUGUCGUCCUUUUCUCACGCCACACUUGUCCUGCAUCGCUCCUUUCCCCGUCCCUUGUGCAUGUCCGUACCUCGUCUCCCAUCUCGUUACUUCCACCUCCUCCUUCCUCCUCGCCUUCCUCCCCCAGCUUGCCGCUCUCCUCCCGGCCCAGCAGCAGCUGCUCCUCCAACAGGCUCAGGCUCAGCUCUUGGCGGCGGCCGUCCAGCAGUCGAACGCCGCCCACGCCGCUCACGCUGCCCACGCCGCCGCGCAGCAACAAGCCAACCAGCAACAGCAGCAGCAGCAGCAACAGAGCCAAUCGCAAUCCCAGCAGCAGCAGCAGCAACAGUCAACCAAACAGGAGCAGACGGUCCAAGCUCCGCCUCCACAGCUGGCCCUGUCGCAGCCGAUCCAGCUCACCGCACAGGACAUCCAGCAGCUGUUGCAGCUCCAGCAGCUGGUUUUGAUGCCGGGUCAUCCUCUCCAGUCUCCUGCCCAGUUCCUCCUGUCUCAGCCUGCCCAGGCACAGCAGCCACAGCAGGGUUUGCUCUCGACACCAAAUCUGAUCCAGCUACCUCAGCAAAACCCAGGAGGACUCCUGACGACCCCACCUCGCCUGGGCCUCCAAGCACAGAGGGAGAAGAGCAGUGAUGCUGGAAGCAGCAGUGCAGGCUCUUUAGUUGCCGGCGGAAGCAGCGGUGUUGGUGUUGUGACAUCUGUAGGAGCUACCUCUGCGUCCAGCAGUGCCAUCGCUUCCUCUUUAACCUCGGGUUUGACUGCUGGAGGUCACGGAGGCCACAUGGGGGAGGAGCCCAGCGACCUGGAGGAGCUGGAGCAGUUCGCCCGCACCUUCAAACAACGGCGCAUAAAGCUGGGAUUCACCCAGGGCGACGUCGGCGUGGCUAUGGGCAAACUGUACGGCAACGACUUCAGCCAGACCACCAUCUCCCGCUUCGAAGCCCUCAACCUGAGCUUUAAGAACAUGUGCAAGCUGAAACCACUGCUGGAGAAGUGGCUGAGCGACGCAGAAACCAUGGCUGUGGACAGCAUGCUGCCCAGCCCCUCCUCCAUCUCCUCCCCCAUGUUGGGCAUUGAGGGUCUACCAGGCCGACGCAGGAAGAAACGCACCAGCAUCGAGACCAACGUGCGAGUGGUCCUAGAGCGCAACUUCAGCACGAACCAGAAGCCUACCUCGGAGGAGAUCCUGCUGAUGGCGGAGCAGCUCAACAUGGAGAAGGAGGUGAUUCGUGUUUGGUUCUGCAACCGCCGGCAGAAAGAGAAACGCAUCAACCCCUCCAGCAGCACCACCCCUCCCCUGCCCAGCCAGACCUCGCCUGUUGUGACGCACAAAGCCCCCUGCUACAGCCCGCACAUGAUAUCGAGUCAGGGUCUGUCCCAGGUCACCACCAGCCUCAGCACAACAGGCGCCAGUUCGUCGCCCUCAGCGUCCUGCCCCAUGACUCCAGUCAGUUCGGCUGCCAUUUCUUCUUCUGUGACUCCGCCUCCUCAUAGCACAGCCAGCCCAGCUCCUCCCAGCCUCGGGACGCCCGGCCUCAGCACUGGGAACACAAUGAUGGGAGUAAGCACAGGGAUGAACCAGGCCCUCAUUGGCGGCAAUCCCCUGGCUACCAUGCAAGCCCUGGCAGCCAGCAGUGGUCAGCUGCCCAUCUCCAGCCUGGAUGGGGCGGCGGGUCACAUGCUUCUGGGUGGACCCGGGGGUCCCGCCUCCCUCCGCCCGUCUCUCUUCCUCAACCGCCCCACCCUCCUCCCCAUGGUGACCGGCUCCAUGGCGACCGGCUCCACGCCUGCCAUGGGACUGGUCAGCAGCGUUUGCGGCCCAAGGCCCUCCUUUUCCCAAUCUCCGCCCGCCGGCACCAGCAGCCUCAUGAGCCCAACCUCGUGCCCAGAGGAGUCCGCAUCUCCUUGUUCAAGUCCCGCCUCCUUCUGUUCCUUCAGCGAAGCCUCGCCGCCGCCCCUGGGAGGGGCCAUGGCCGAGUGAUCCCCGACUGACAGCCAAAGCAUCCCGUUUUUCGGAGGACGAGGAGGAGGAAGAGGAGUGAGCAGAGCAUUAAAGGAGCUUUAAAAAUCUAAAUUUACAACCUCGCCUUUCAACCAAAGCCAUCUCUCUGUCUGAUCCAUCUCUGAUUUCGCCUGCUCUCAGAAAGUCUCCCCGCUGAAGUCUUCUGAAGCCAAAAAUAUACACAGACGGAUGAGGGGAGGAAGCAAAGAGAGAGGCGGGAUGGAGAGGAUAGAGAGAACUGCAGAACGAAGGGGGGAAAUUUGAAACCAAAUAAUGAUCUACAGCUGGAGAGGUGGCACUGAGGAGUGUUUUUCGCUUGGCAUCGGGAAAUGAACACCGAGCUUUUUUUAAACGGCUGGAGAGAAAAA